AUGUCUACUUCCACUAAAUCUAACGGAUCAUCAUCAACCACUAAUGCCAACUCUGGCUUCACUGGUAAGUUCUUUAAACGUCCUGAUGAUAAAGCUUUGAAAUCUCAAAUUGAUUCCAUUAGAAAUGAAAUUAAAAAAUUAGAUCUUAGUAAUGAUGAAUUAAAUGCUCAAAUUAAUAAAUCUCAAAUUGAUUCAUCAACUAAUGAAAAAAGAAAUGAUUUACAAUCUCAAUUGAAAACUUUAGUUUCAAAACAAUCAACCAUUAAAAAUGAAAGAAAUUUAAUUAAUGAUCAAAUUAAAAAUAUUGAUACUCAAUUAAAAAAGAAAAUUACUGAAAUUCAAUUACAAACUUCAAAAAAUCAAUUUAAAUCGGUCGAUGAAAUUGAUAAAAGAAUUGCUUAUUUAGAUAAAUUAAUUGGUAAUGGAGAUUUAAAAUUAGCUGAUGAAAGAAGAUUUGUUAAAGAAAUGUCUUCAUUAAGAAAAUUAAAAAAAGAUUUUGGUCAAAUUGAAAAAAUUCAAGCUUUAAUUGAUUUAGAUAAAGAAAAAAUUCAAGAUUUAAAAAAAAAAUUAAAUUCAAUUGGUCAACCAAAAGAAUUAGCUACUCAAUAUGAUCAAAUUCAAGCUGAAUUAGAUGCUAUUAAUAAUGCUAAUAAAUCAGUGUUUGCUAAAAAGAAUGAUCUUAUUAAAAAGAGAAAUGAUAUUAGAAAACAAAAAGAUGAAAAAUAUGAUCAAAUUAGAUCUUUAAGAACUGCCUUUGAUGAAGAUUUUGCUAAAUUUAAAAAAAAUGUAGCUGAUGAAAAGAAAAAGAGAGAAGAAGAAAAUAAAUUAAAAUAUCAACAAGAAAGACAAUCAAGAUUAAAAGAAGAAGCUGAUAAACAAUUAUCGGAAGCUUCAAUUCCUGCUUUCCAAACUGAAAUUAAUUCAAUUCAUAAUUUAUUAUCUCAUUUCGAUCCUUCUUAUACUAAACCAUCUGCUACCACUACUAAAACUGAUAAUUUAUCUACUACUUCAGCUACUACUAGAACUAUUGAAAUGCCAGCUGAUAUGGUUGUUUUAAAGAAAGAUAGAGAAGAUUUCUUUAAAGGAGCUAAGAAAAUUGGUGGUACUGGUUCAAAAAAGAAAUCUCAAAAGAAAUUUACUGUUGAUCCAGAAAUCAUUGUGGCUUUAAGUGAUUUAUCAAUUCCUUUCCCAACUAAAGAAGAUGAUGUUCCUCAAACUAUAACCAUCUUAAAGGAAACCCUUACUGCUUUAUCUGCCAAACAAGAUGAACAAACUAAACUUAAUAUUGAAAAGGCUCAAGCUAGAAUUGCUAAAUUAGAAGCUGAAGCUGAAAAGGAAGAUGCCGAAGAAGCUGCAACCAAGACUGAAACUGAACCUGUUGAAGAAUCAAAGGAAGAAGAAGUCGAAGCAGUUGCUGAAGAAACUCCAGUUGAAACUGAAGAUUAG